CAUCGAUUGAUGCUGCAGUAUUAUUUCGCAUAAAUAAACCAAUCAAAUUAAUUGAUCAUAUUAAUUACCCAUUUAUAAAAUAGCUGCUGAAAACGCGAAUCAUUUAAUUAUGUCGCGGUCUGAUAUCGAAGAAGACUCGUGUUCCAGAGUACGGUACUCGGCGAGCCCAUUAGAUUUAAAACAAAAACCAAUAAGUGAUUCUCCGUCAAAAUCGAAGAAAACUUCGUUUUGUAUUGAAGCRUUGCUAGGCCACCGUGAAGUUUCCCGCAAGACAUCAUURACCGCGUCAUCAGACUGUUCGUCUACCCCUUGUUCAAGCCGCAGUGCUUCAAUAUCUCCUGGGCCGGAACAACAAUACGGAUACGAAGGUAAACACAGCGACGAAAACGAURCGAUUUCGACCACGGCAAUGCGAUCAUUGACUUACAGUUCCAACUACUUGAAGUCUGACUUCCCAAUCACUUCAUCAGCUUCCGAACUUUUAACCCGCGACCAUAGACGGAAUKGCGGGUUUGGGUUUAUUCACGGAUCUUCAGCAUUUCAACCAUUACCUCGUAUAGACACGAACACCAAUAAUAAUUCUUCAAGCUCAACAAUCGCAACAGUUUCAGCCACAACUGCAAAUCCCAAUCGCUCAAAUGUAUCUGCUGGCCAAUUACAACAGAUGCAACUUGAGUGGUUUGCUAGAGCAGGAAUGUUUUACGCUGGACCUAGAUUGCAUGAUUUAGCAGGUCCACACCCACACGCUUUACUGGGGAAGACAAGACGGCCAAGAACUGCAUUCACUAGUCAGCAGCUUCUAGAGUUGGAAAAACAAUUCAGACAAAAUAAAUAUUUAUCCAGGCCAAAAAGAUUCGAGGUGGCGACWAAUUUAAUGCUCACCGAAACUCAGGUAAAAAUUUGGUUUCAAAAUCGACGAAUGAAAUGGAAGCGCAGUAAAAAAGCUCAACAAGAAGCUAAAAUAUCUUCGAGAGAUGAAACGGCGUUGGAAAAACGAGGAACCGUAAAUAUUCGAACAUGUGGUACUGGGAGUAAUGAUCUACAAAGUAACUCCAACAUUAGAUCUCCUGAUGAAUCUCGCAUAAAAAUAGACUGCCCAACAUCUUCUGCUGCCACAUCCAUUCAAACACAAUCUCAUCAUAACUCUACUGCUCAACUAAGCCAUAAUUACCACAACAUAAACAAUAUUAGAUCGCACGAGCAAGACGGUAAUUGCGAGUCAUUAUACAGACCGUACGUAUCAUAACAAAUUUUCGAGUAAAUUUUUUUCAUGUAUAAAGUUCCGAUCAAAAUGAUAACAACGUUGGUCAGUUUGUAUUAUARACAUUAUUAACUGGU